AUGCGUGUUGCACUGAGACCUCGCAGUGGUUGCCUUGUGCUGUGCUUGGGUCUGUCUGCCUGCACACUGCUGCUGCAAAGCCUUUGGGUGCCAUUGGAAAUGCCCAUGGUUGACGUUCCUGAAGAUCAGGGUCAGCGAGGUCUGGGUUUUCGUAGGCUGGCCCUUCGUUUAGAAGCUCUUAGUAAUCAAGUUCAGCACCUGAGCAGAGAUCGAGAAGCCAAAAUGACUUCAGAGUAUCUCCAUACACUUUUCCAGAAUUUUAGACAGGACCAGCAAAGCUUGGCUCGCUUGGUGGAGAGGGAGCUGAAAAGGGUUACCCAGAGGUUGGACCAAUUUAAGCAUUAUCAUUACCUGCAUCAGACCUCGUCAACAAGUGAAAGUUAUGGAAAAUACACAGGGCCAAAGGAGAGCUGUGUUGUGCCAGUGGAUGCUUCAUAUCCAGUGUGUGCAGAGAAAGUUGAGUUCCUACAGGCCAAAUGGCAGUCAGACCCCUGCUAUGCCUUUUAUGGUGUGGAUGGUACAGUUUGUUCCAUUCUGACUUACCUCAGCCAAAUAGAGAACUUCUGCCCCCCUCAACCUGGCCAGAACUACUCUACUCCUCCUUGGCAUCAGAAACAUCAGCCCUACAUGAAAAAGGUACAAGCAGAGAUUCGUACCACCAUGAGUUCACUGUAUAAAGUCAUCAACAACAGCAGUAGCCCCGCAGUCAAAUUCAUGCGCUCCAGAGUGGAAAUGAUGUCAGAGUGCUGGAGAAAAGCUGCUCUUAAGAUGAGGCAGCAAAACAACAAAACGCGUUCAUCUUUAAUGAGGAAGGUUCUGCUUUAUCCCGGUGCACUUGCUGGUGAUGCUGGCCAACAUUUUGGAGCUACGGUGGAAAAAGGCGGUCCACUUGGAGAGCUUGUUCAGUGGGCAGACCUUAGUGCCUGUUUGACCAUACUGGGCCAUAAUGUAAUCCUUACUACCUCACAGCAUCACCUCCACAGACUGAUCAGUGCUGCUCCAGGCCGAGGAAGCUGUCCGAUCAAGGCGCCAUUGACAUUUGACCUCAUCUACACUGACUAUCAUGGUCUUGCUCAUCUUCAUGGGGCUAUGGGACUUGCUUUCCAGCAUUACAAGUGUCGCUUCCGAAUCCUGGACUCGUUUGGCACAGAACCAGCCUUUAACUUGGCCAGUUAUGCACACCCUCACGAUUUUAAAACACUGUGGGGCAGUUGGGGACUCCAGCCUCUACAGUACAUGACCAUGUUCCCGCAUACACCUGACAACUCCUUCCUGGGCUUUGUAAGUGAGGAUGCAGUAAGGCCAAAAGAUGUCAACAAGAAGGAGAAGAUUGCCGUCAUCUAUGGUAAACAGGAGUACAUGUGGCAGGGACUUUCAGAGUACGUAAAGGUAAUCAGUGACGAGAUGGAGACCCACGCUACAGUCUACCAGCCCCCGGGGCAUAUCUCGGCCUUACCCAACUUUGUAAGAAACCAUGGCCUGCUCUCCCAGCAACAAUUCCUGACACUCCUCCGCCGAGCCAAGGUUUUUGUCGGUCUUGGUUUCCCCUAUGAGGGUCCAGCACCCAUUGAGGCCAUUGCUUUGGGCUGCGUCUUCCUCCAACCGCGGUUCAAUCCGCCUCACUCCUCAGAAAAUAAUGACUUUUACAAAGGCAAACCCACAACAAGAAAGAUCUCCUCGCAGCACCCGUACGCUGAACAAUUCAUUGGCAGACCUCACGUGUGGACUGUGGAUGCGACCAACGAGACAGAAAUUCGCAAAGCAGUCCAAGAGAUUCUACGUAGCCAGGUUAAGCCUCUAACUCCUCGAGAGUUCUCUUGUGAAGGAAUGCUGGAGAGGGUUCAUCAUUAUAUUACACAUCAGAGUUUCUGCACUCCGUCAGUCACCACGUGGCCGCCAGAAAGUGCGCUCAGAGUGCACAUGGGUCCUCUCGGUCAGUCAUGUGUAAGCGUGUGUGCACGCGCCUCGCUGGUGUGCGAACCCUCGCAGUUUCAACGCCUCAACGACCCUGAGGUGUUCGCCAGACUUUCAAUUGGUUGCUCCAGCAUGGCCCAGGAAGUCAACCAUAUCUUCCCCGCUUACACUCCGUGGGGUCGACACUGUCACCUCCAGCAGGAACCGCUACUCUUCAGCUGCGCCGGUUCGGACCCUUCUUAUCGUCGCCUUUGUCCGUGUAGAACUUACCAACCUGGACAGGUGGCACUUAGUCCUGACUACAUUUCGGACUUGUAG